GGGUUUCUCGGUUCUUCCCUUACGAGCCACGUGACGUUCAACUAUGGCUUCUCUCUCGUAGUGAUGGAGGAGAAUCGUUGACAACAAAGCAGGACCGUCCCGUAAUGAAAUCGCGCGUGUAGUCGAAGCAGUCGAAGUCCCGAUGCAGAAGAUCAAGUCUCUGAUGGCCCGCCAGGGCCUGAAAAGCCCCCAGGAGAGCAUGGCAGACCUGAGUCCUGUGGAGAACCUGAGGAUCCCAAGCAAGGAGGAGUUGCGGGAGCUCAGGGAGCAGCCCAUCGACCCCCAGGCGGAGCAGGAGAUCAUCGACAGCAUAGAGGAGGUCUACUUCUCCAACGACUCCUUCGACAUGGUUCGGCAUGAACUGGAGAAACUUCCACCUGAACUGAACCUGCAGGAACUGGAAGACUACAGGGACAAACUGAAGAGACAACAGGCAGCGGUUUCUAAAAAGGUCGCGGAUCUCAUUCUGGAAAAGCAGCCUGCGUAUGUCAAGGAGCUGGAGAGAGUGACAGCGCUACAGACAAACCUGCAGCUGGCAGCAGUCAUUUGCACCAAUGCAAGACGGCAACUGAGUGUGGCAAAGGAGGGGUUCACCGAGGCCAGCCUUGGUCUGUUGGCCAAUCAGAGGAGACGGCAGCUGUUAACAGGCCUGCUCAAGUCUCUGCGGACCAUCAAGACACUGCAAAGAACAGACGUACGACUCAGCGAGAUGCUUGAGGAGGAAGACUAUCCAGGUGCCAUCCAGCUCUGCCUGGAAUGCCAGAAGGCCGCCAGCACCUUCAAACACUACAGCUGCAUCAGUGAAUUGAAUUCCAAACUGCAGGACACUCUGGAGCAAAUCGAGGAGCAGCUUGACGUCGCCCUGUCGAAGACUUGUAAGAACUUCGAUGUGUCACACUACACCAAGGUCCAGGUGGCCUACACACUCCUCGGCAAGACUCAGACUGCUAUGGACCAGCUGCAUAUGCACUUCACCCAGGCCAUCCACAACACGGUGUUCCAGGUGGUGCUGGGUUACGUGGAGCUGUGCGCCGGCAACGCCGAUACCAAAUUUCAGAAGAUGCAGUACAAGGACCUGUGCACGCAUAUCACCUUGGAAAGCUACAUCCCCUGCCUGAUGGAUCUUUGCAAGGCAUUGUGGGAGGUGAUGCUGAGCUACUACCGCACCAUGCAGUGGCACGAGGAACGCGACAGGCAGGAGAACGCGCCCACUCCAGAUGACGCUGUGGCAGAGUCUGAUGAGCUGGUGGUGGACCGCAGCUACGUGAAGAAGAAGCUGGAGCAUGGCCUGACUCGGAUCUGGCAGGACGUCCAGCUGAAAGUGAAGGCCUACAUCCUGGGGACAGACAUGUCUAACUUUAAAUACGACGACUUCAUAGUGGUGCUGGAUGUCAUCAGCAGGUUGAUGCAGGUGGGUGAGGAGUUCUGCGGCAGCAAGUCGGAGGUUCUGCAGGAGUCUAUCAAACGCCAGAGUGUCAACUACUUCAAGAACUAUCACAGAGCGCGACUUGAAGAGCUGAGGAUGUUCCUGGAGAACGAAACAUGGGAGCUCUGUCCGGUCAAGUCCAACUUCAACAUCUCCCAGCUCCACGAGUUCAGGUUCAUGGGGCAGUGCCGCUCCCCGUCCGUGUCCCCAAGCAGGCAGGCCGGAUCCUCAACCAACCCGCCCCUGGACGAGUCUCUGUUCCAGCAGUACAUCCAAGAGGGCAACCCCUUCGAGGUGCACAUUGAACACAAGGAAGAGGAGACGGAGGACGUGCUGGCAUCAAAUGGAUACGAGUCCGAUGAGCUGGAGAAGAACGUGUAUCAGGAGUACGACAGCGACAGCGACGUCCCAGAGGAGCUGAAGCAGGACUACGUGGACGAGCAGACGGGCGACGCCCCUCUCAAGAGUGUGUCACGAGAGACCAUAAGAAGCAAGAAGAAGUCCGACUACAACCUUAAUAAAACGAACGCGCCCAUUCUCACCAACACCACCCUCAAUGUCAUCAGGCUUGUCGGGAAAUACAUUCAGAUGAUGAACAUCCUGAAGCCCAUCGCCUUCGACGUCAUCCACUGUGUGUCGCAGCUCUUCGACUACUACUUGUACGCUGUAUACACCUUCUUUGGACGCAAUGAUAUGCCUGUCCCAAGCCCGUCUUUGCCAGCUCAUGGUGGCAGAGAGGCAGGAGGUGUCAGAGUGGUGGGCCCUGCUUGCUUGUAUGAGUCAUCAGGCCUAGGCCUUAUCAGCAGCAGACUGAGAACCACACUGAACCGCAUCCAGGAGAGCCUCAUUGACAUGGUAAUCUGGAAUAAUGGUGCUCGUGCACGGGGUUGGAGCCAGACCGCGCUGGAGUGGAGCGCGAGAGUGGGUGAUAUGGAGGCUGUAGGGGAGAACGCAGGUCUCCAUGGCCCGACAGAGGACAGGAAGGAGAAGGUGCCCAGCCCCCAUCUCAGCCAAAUGGUGGUGCUCACCAACAGCGGGACCCUGUACGGGCUGGCGCAGAGGGUGGUGGCCACCGAGUCUCUUGUGUUUCUGGCCGAACAGUUUGAGUCCCUUCAGUCCCACCUAGACACCAUGAUGCCCGCUGCCAAAAAGCCUUUCCUGCAGCAGUUCUACUCCCAGACGGUGUCCACGGCCAGCGAGCUGAGGAAACCAAUAUACUGGAUCGUGGCCGCCAAGGCUAUUGACUACGAACAGAUGCUGCUGAUGAUGGCCGGUGUCAAAUGGGACAUACGGGAGAUAAUGUCGCAGCACAACGUCUACGUGGACGUCCUGCUGAAGGAGUUUGAGCAGUUCAACAAGCGUCUGGGUGAUGUCUCCAGGCACGUGCGCAUCCCGCUGCCCGUGUCCAACGUCCUGUGGGAGCACUGCAUCCGCCUGGCCAACAGGACCCUGGUGGAGGGCUAUGCUAAUGUGAAGAAGUGCAGCAACGAGGGCCGGGCCCUCAUGCAGCUGGACUUCCAGCAGUUCCUCAUGAAGCUGGACAAGCUGACCGACCUGCGGCCCAUCCCCGAUAAAGAGUUCGUGGAGACCUACAUCAAAGCCUACUACCUGACGGAGAACGACAUGGAGCAGUUCAUCAAGAACCACAGGGAGUACUCCAUGAAGCAGCUGGCCAACUUGGUGAACGUGUGCCUGGGCUCCCACAUCAACAAGAAGGCGCGUCAGAAGCUCCUGGCAGCCAUCGACGACAUCGACCGGCCCAAGAGAUAGAGCCGAGCCCACGGAGGAGCUCCUCCACAAUGUCUGUGUCCAGUUUAGGCUCGAAAUGCUGAGGCGUCUUCAUUAAGGUCCACACAGUAGCAGAGCUACUGUAACAGCCUGCAACUGUAACUCUGUCUCACUACUCUCCAGCAUGCUGCAGCUGCACCAUGUGCCACCGUGCAUGUCCAAGCGCUGCUUACACAGUCUGCCUGCAGCCAAAGUCAUGACAAGUCAACAUACUGUAAGUCAACAUUUCCACUUGAAUCUGGCUGCACAGCCCGGUGAGGCACGUCUGGGUCACUGCAGGUGUUUCCUUGUUGUGCCUGACUGGAAGCUCUGUUUGUUUUAUCUGGAUUUUUUUUUUCCUUUAAUCAGUUAUAUAAAUCUAAUAUAAAGGUGAUUCUGGAAAUAAUAAUAUAAAUGAGCCUAGUUAGCGUUUGUGUUUAAAUGUUAUCUGCACCGGCUGCUUGUGAUUGCUUGUUUGUCUGCCAUCGGUCCUAUCGGGUUUUGGACCCGAGGCUCCGGCCGCGCAGCUAAAUGUUCCCCUGCAUUUUAUCUCUUGGUCGAUUCGCGCGCUCCGGCACCGAUUAGUUGAUUUCUCGUGAUUUAGUAGCUGAGCGGCGUCCGCGUCCUCCCACUCAUCUCCGUCACAGUAGUUGGACCGGACCGGGCCGGGCCGGACCUGCCGAGGGGGCGGACGCAUUUACUCUCAAAAGAAAAAGAAGCACCACUGCUUUUUUUUUUAUAUACUGCUUUAUAAAACCUUUUGUGUGACGAAUACUGUACAUGUGAAUGUUUUGAGCGACGUCUGUAUUUAUCGUUGGGGAUGUUUUAUCAUGCGACCAUCAGGAACUGGGCUGACGUUUCGCACCCACAAGUGUCUUGUAUCUCAUCAACAGAAGCAAAUGCAAAUAUCUACCUUGUCAUGUCCAAAUGAUGCUAAGGGUCAAGUGCACUAUAGUGAACAUUGGUUAUCAGUGUUAGAUUGAACCAACGUGAUUCUGACAUAAUAAACACACUAACAACAGA